AGCUCUGGUGAGUCACCAUCAACAUAUACACACAUGCAUACUUGUAGUUGACACCUUUCCAUUCAUCAUCAAUUCGUAGAGAAAAGGGAUAGGUUACGGGGAUAUAUACGGUUUAUUAUUCAUCGAUCGGUGAAAUUUAAUCCAGGGUUUCGUAUCUACGGCGAACCCUAAAAACCCCAAUCGUCAUGGACUCCUUGUUUGGCACUUCCUUCAACAUCUUUGAAAUCUACCGCCAGUAUUGCGACAUUAUGUCUGAGGCGCAUUCUAGUGUGGGGGAGAGCUACAGUCCAGACGAUGAGUCGCAGAAAUUGAGAUCUUCAAGAGAGGCACUGGCACAGCUAUUGACGGUGGUGGAGUCUAGUGUAAAUACGGGGGUUUCAAUUCUUGAGGAAGCUUACAAGCUCAUGUCAAGAUUAGACUUGAUGGCAUAUUUCUCUGAGUUCUCACGAUUCUAUGAUUUUGUCUUCUUCAUAUGCCGCGAAAAUGGUCAGAAGAGCAUCACUGUAAGCAGGGCUGUUAUGGCCUGGAGAUUAAUUUUAGCUGGAAGGUUUCGACUGCUUAAUCAAUGGUGCAACUUUGUUGAGAGUAAUCAGCGACAUAACAUUUCCGAGGAUACAUGGCGACAGGUUUUAGCAUUCAGUCGCUGUGUGCAUGAAAAUCUUGAAGGAUAUGAUCCUGAAGGAGCUUGGCCUGUCUUAAUCGAUGACUUCGUUGAGCACAUGUACAGGAUCAGGGGAUUUAGUGACCCUCCUAGUUUUUUCUGUAACUGUGGUGACUCAGAAGCCCAGCAAUGCGAUGGUGCAGGCUUGAAAAAUUUAUACGGUAGUAUCUUAUAAGUUUUGUUAGUUCUAUUUCAUGUGAAUAAGCAUUGGAGAAUGGUUGUCCUAUUUAUGUUCAUGCCAUUCCCGUGUUCGGACAUG